AUGGCCAAGCUACUGGCUCUUUCCGUUGCCUUCGCCUUACUCUUCCUUGCGGCCACUGUCUGUGCCGGCGACCCCGAGCUCGUCUCCGACUUCGCCGUCCCCGAAGGCCUGGAUAGAACCAGGGUUGAUGGGGUGUUCUUCACCUACACCGGCCUCCGGGGUCGGGAGCCAUCCUCCAGAGUUGGCCUCGGCCGCAAGCUGGUGUCGGUUAAGGAGUUCCCGGCCCUCAGUGGCACGGGGCUCUCCUUGGAACUCCUCGAGUUUGCUCCCGGGGCCCUCAACGUACCGCACACGCACCCCCGUGCUGGGGAAAUCCUCUUCGUGCUGGAUGGGGCUUUGACGGUGGGAACCGUGGAUACCACCGGGAAGCUGUACAAGAAUGACUUGCAGAAAGGAGAUGUUUUUGUUUUCCCAAAGGGGUUGGUUCAUUACCAAGCUAACUUCGACAAGAGCAACAAGGCCGUGGCGAUGUCGGCGUUCGGGAGCUCGAACGCGGGCGAGGUGUCGCUGCCGAAGAGCUUGUUCGGGUCGAGCGUGCCGGACGAGGUGCUCACGAACGCGUUCAAGGUGUCAGCAGACACCGUGCAGCAGCUGAAGACUGGGCAGAACUGA